AUGGAGGCUCUCAAAUCUUUUGCACUUUUGAUUUUGGUUUUGGCAUUUGCAUGGAAAGUCGAUCAAUGUUAUUGUGGAGGAGAUUCGAAGUACCAGCUUCCAUUGACGGACUGGCAAGUAACGAUUAUAAACUAUCAAAUAAAUGCAUCUCUAGAGGUUCAUUGCAAAUCAAAAGACGACGAUUUAGGCGUACACGUGAUACAGAAUGAAGGAGAGCGUUAUAGCUGGGGAUUCAAGGAGAAUUGGCUGCAAACAACUAAGUUUUGGUGCAACUUUCAAAGCAGAUUAGGGCAUGCUUCGUUUGAGGUAUUUUGGCCAGAGACAGGAACUUGGCUUUCAGAUCGUUGUAGUAAUUCAAAUUGUGUUUGGGUUGCUUCUAAUGACGGCUUCUCUUUGCUUAAUGGUCCUGCAAAAACAUUGGAGUUUCAACAUCCAUGGCUACACUAG